AUGGCGGCAGAAAAGUCGCUGGUUUUGAACUCGUCCCAGGAAAAUGACUCAAAAAAGUCAUGCUCAAGACUGAUCGACAUUUUAAUCAUCGGCUUUUCGAUCUGCACCCUGCUAAUCGACUUAGGCACAGACAUACUCCUGGUUGUGGAAUACUUUAACAAGGAAUACUAUUCAUGGGCAUGGCUCACGUUAGCCCUUCUCAUACUUCCGCUCUUGGUUGUGGAAGGCUUCAGCUUCAGAUGGCAUUCCCAAGAUGGUAAUGACACUCUAGUGACCCGCAUAGCGCACAUAUUUCUUCUAGGAAUCGCUCACAGAUACGUAGAGGCAAUUAGAGCGGCUGUCCUUGAAACGCCGCAAUUGCUUCUGAGCCAACAGAGGGACCUCUGUCUCUUGCAUCUCUUUAACAGCUUCCUUGAGUCAGCGCCUCAGUUGAUCUUGCAACUCUACAUCACUGCUACUCUUGGAGCUCUGCUCCCUUGGACAGGAAUUAGUCUAGUAGCAUCGUUGUUCUCCCUUGCCUGGGCCAUUGCCAGCUACACUAGAGCGAUGAGGCGGAGCAGACCAGACAAAAAGCCAGCCUCCAGUGCCGCUCUGGCUUCCCAGGCGACAUGGAGAGCCGGCACCCUGACAGCCAGGAUUCUCAGCCUCACCGCCCUUGCGUUGAUCAGUCCAAUGUGGAUGAUGAUCUUCCUUGGACUCCACUGGUUGGGGAUGACCAUAUGGGCAAUCGCGCAGAGGACCGAUUUCUGCUCCACUUGGUGGGAGGAGCGGGGCUACAACAUGGUGGUCGGCGUCAUUUACUGCUUUUGCUUCUUCAACCUGCAGGAGGGCCCGUCGCGAUACAGAGCAUUUAUCUUUUAUUCAGUCACCACGUUAGAAAACGCCGUGUGUGUCGCUGCGUUUGCUCUCUGGGGCAAAGAAUCUGCUUUCCGACUGACGACAACUCACAAUGAUGAUGUUAAACUACUUGUAUUGAUUGUGGCUCUGUCCACAUUUAUCGGACUUUCAAGCAUGCUUCUCUACUACGCCUUCUUCCACCCUGCCGGCAUCAUUUUUCCUUGCAUGCCAAAGGAUGACUUGGAGGCCAGGCAUAACUUGUCUGACGACGUUGGAAGAAGCACGUUGAGAUCUCUGAGACACGUGCUUACCACCACGCCAGAGUCAUCGCCACAAAGGUCCCAACUCUCAGCUGCCGUGACAUUAAGCUCCGCUGAAAACAGUCCUGCCAUAUUAGAACAACCAGAGAAGCUUUCUUUGGAGAAUGAAUUGGUUCAAUCAUCAAUUCCUGAAUCCCACCUGAGCGAGCAGCAGCUGAAACGGCGGCCGAUCUGCGACAUCAGCCUAUCAGAGCUCGACGGUCUGUCACCGCCGCGAUCACCCAUCCUGCCAGUCGCGUUGACAGUUACCCUGGCCACCGGCCUGAAUUCUAGGUCCCUGGCCGCCCACCUGAGUUCCAGGUUCCUGUCCGCCGACCUGAGUUCCAGGUCCCUGUCUGAGGACAAGGAGGAGGUGUACAGCACGUGUCCGUCUGCUCACGAUUACGAGAACAUGUGCGCUGUGGGCAUCACCCGCGAGACGUGGGGCCUGCGCCACUGGGACGGCUACUCGUCCAACAUCGCCACGCAUGACACGAGCGUAGCGCGGUUAUGCCGCAGGGACCCGCGGCGGGACACGCUUGUCUCGUCGUCCACCUACUCGUCCCUCUCGUCAAACUACUCGGACAGCGAGAGCGAAACAUACAUCUACGUGCGUCCGAUGGGGCUGCCGCUGGAUCCGAUCGCUGAGGAGAGCAUAGACGAUUCGUCCAGCGAAAACCAAUCGUCAGGGCAGCACGCCUCCUGCAGUUCGCUUGUGACCACCAUCGAAGAGAUCCGACUCUCGCAAGACCUCUUCAAAAAAGUAGUGGCGCUAGAAGAGCCGACCGACGAGGCGGACGACUGGCUGUGGCAGCCGCUGUCCCAGACUGAAAUAGACUUUCUGGCGCGGUUGCAGCCGACCGAGACGGCCACGGACGAGCCGACACCAAGACCACUGAACCGACUGCGUCGCAAAUUCAGCUUGCUGCGCGACCGCUUCGAAUUGCCAACGCUUGUCGAGAGCAAGAAGGAGGUGGAAAUUGUUCCUGUGGUCGAGAAGGCCGUCACCAGAGUGAGUCAGUGGGACAACCUGGCUAGGAGAGAGCCCCUCAUGCCCAUGGGCAUGGCCAGUUGAUCGCUGAGUGGCGUCUCUGCGGGUCAAAUUACCCUUUGCACAAUGUCGGACUGCAACGCUGGUUUCUUUACAAACCAGUUAUACUUCAAUCUGUGAAUCUCUCACAAUCUGUCUUUUGUAAAUUUUGUGCAAUAUUCACAACACGCGCUUUUGUAAUUUGUGCAGGGAUUCAGGAGGAAAUGCCAUAUUAACCCGAUAGAUGUAAACAAAUCAUGAUAAUGAGGAUACCACCUGCCACAGUUGCCGGAUUGAAAACAAAUCACGUAAUCACUCUUGUCGCUCACGUGAUCUUCAGAGCAAUGUGAAGGAAAGUGAAACCCCCAGAAAAAAUACUAUUUAGUUUAAAUUGUCGAAAGCAAAUUUUUUAAAUGACGAGUUAAGAAAUCAAAUGCCAAAUUUUGAAAGUCGUUUUUAAACUAACGUGUUACCAAAUUAUUUUUAUAAAUUAAUAAGUUCGCAAUGUGGCAAUACCUGAUUAAUUUUAAGCAGAAAACGUGCAAUCAUGACUUAGAAAAUAAUUAUAAAAUAUAUUGCAUCAAAUAUAAAUUGAAGAUAAAUAAAAAUCUCGACAGAA